AUGGCGGACAUCGGUCCUCCACCCCCUGCACCGGCGCCACCGCACCGGCCCCCGCUGACCCGUGGGGAGGGGUGGGCUCGCCCGCCUUCACCGUCGCCUGAGCAGGUGGCCGAGCGGUUGCGGGCUUCUGACACGCAGCAACCGCUCCGCCCCCUCCGCUACUGCCCACGCCAUGGGUGGGGGCCGUGCCCAGCCCGGACGCCGGCCGCUCCUCUUGAACCGCUGCCACCUGCAUCUGGAUCGGGUGACUCCACCGCCGGCGAUGACAUCCCACGGCCACCCCCGACGCGCCCUUCUGACGAAGCCGGGCCCUCGGGCACAUCUUCACCGCCGCCUUUGCUCAGCCCGAGCGGCAACCGGGGCCGCCGCCUCCUCGACAGGCCGGGCCGCGCAGGCCGCGCCAGGCCGGGCCGCGCUGGCCGCGCGCACCUGCGGGCCGCGCUGGCCGCGCCGGCCGCGCCAGGCCGCGCGAAGGCCGCGCCAGGCCGGGCCGCGCUGGCCGCGCGCGCCUGCGGGCCACGCUGGCCGCGCUGGCCGCGCCAGGCCGGGCCGCGCUGGCCGCGCGCGCCUGCGGGCCACGCUGGCCGCGCCGGGCCGCGCCAGGCCGCGCUGGCCGCGCCUGCGGGCCGCGCUGGGUCGCCGCCCGUACCAAUUAGAGUUGAUGAUGUUUAG